AUGCAUAUACCAUUGCUAAUUACUGUAUUUACAUUAUUAGAAUACUCCACUGGUAUUCAAUAUACGGUUCGUCUUACAUUUUGUGAUCGAGCGCCUAAUUCAGCGCUUCAAAUUGUCUGCUCAGAAUUAAAGAAAUGGGAUACAGCUGUUAGGCAACAUCAUUCUACUUCAAUGAAUGAUUCACGAUCAUCUUGGAAUUCACAAACAAUCUGGUCUACUAGUCGAUCCAGAUGGACAAAUACCUUUCAAAAUUGGACUAGUUGGUCCUCGUGGUCUUCAACUCGUACCAUACCAUCACAAGGAGUACAAUACUCUCCAAUACAAAUCCGUGAUAAAUCGCCUUUCAUUAUAAGCCAUUAUGCUAACUUACCUGCUGCACUAAAAAGUAAUUUCACAGCUAAUACAUACAACUCAAAAGAACCGAAACGAAUGGCACUCGAAAUACAAUAUGAAAUUUCUUCCCUUCCUAAACAAACUGGGCCAAUCCGUACGCGAACUGGACAAAUGACCAAUGUGAACACACAUUCUCCACGUACCAUUUCGUUAUUAUCAUUAUCACCAAAAUUUAAUCAACGACAGCAAAUGUUGAAGAAUAAUGACAAGAAUGGAGUACAAAGGCCACCCUUAACUGAUACCAUUAAAAAGGAUUUGUAUAGAAUGGAACAGGACACAGUUGGUCCGCCAGGUCAACAACGACCUAGUAAUUUGAUUCGUAAACAAUCCACGACGCCGUCAUCCUCAUCCUCAGUGAUUUCAUCUGUACAACCAUUAUCAAUUAGAAUAUCAAAUCGAUCCACUGAUCCAUCGAUAAUUCCGAUUACAGCACAAGGAAGCAGACAGUUUAAGAGAAAUCAAGCAAAUAUGAUAACACCGCCACAGCGCAUUUUGACGACUGAUCGACGAAUGAAAGCUUUGGCAUGUAUGGAUCUCAACUGUUUAUGUCCAUUUUUCAAUGGUUCAUUGAGAAAUUUGGAAUGUUUCCUAUCAAAUGGUAAGAAACUUUCGUUGGCUAUUCGUAAAGAAUAUCGACAAUUAAAUGCAGAAGAAAGGGAACGAUUUCAUAAUGCUUUAAAUCAGUUGAAACAAAGCGGUUAUUAUGAUGAAAUUGCGCAAUGGCAUUCAAAUCCUGAACUAAGUGGUGGAGCACAUUCUGGGCCUGCUUUCUUACCUUGGCAUCGAGAAUAUAUCAAAAGAUUAGAAAUUGCUCUUCGACUUAUUGAUCCGGACAUAUCGUUACCAUAUUGGGAUUCAACUCUUGAAAAUGCAAUUCCAGAAAGCACAGAUACAAUAUUAUUUAGCAAGGAAUUAAUGGGUGAGAAUGAUAAAAAUGGUAAUAUAAUUAAUGGUUUCGUCUCCCAUUGGACAGCUUCUGAGGAACGACAUAUAACGAGAUUGCCUAGACAGGAAGGACGUCCUUUGAACGAAAAUGAUAUUCAAGCAGUGAUGCGACAUUCGAAUGUAAUCGGUGUACUCGCAUACACCGCUCCACAAUCGGGAUGCAAAUAUGCAAUGGAUUGGACAUCACUCGAAUAUAGCCAUGCAAAUGCGCUUGUUUGGAUCGGUGGCGAUAUGUUUCAUCAAACAACCUCUGCAAAUGAUCCCUUAUUCUUUCUCCACCAUGCUUUUGUGGAUAGCAUUUGGGAAUAUUGGCGACAACAUCGACAAAAUCGAGAUGCACGAUCAAAAAGUUAUCCGCCAGAUUUACCGGAAUGUAGUAGUGAAAAUCAUUUUGCGCAAAAUCUCAUGCGACCGUUUGAACCGCUGAGAAAUAUUGACGGAAUCAGCAAUAAUUACAAUGAAAGAUUGUAUCGAUAUGCACCACGACCUGUAUGCCAUGGAGGUCAAGAUAAGGAGUGUGGAAGCGAAUUCCUAUUCUGUGAUUUAUCACAUGGAUACGCUCGAUGUUCCACAAAAAUACGUCUGAGCGGCAAUUGUGACGGGUAUACACAUCAGGAGAAUCCGUGCUACAAUGGUUUUUGUCUGUCUGGAAGAUGUAUGAGAAGCGCAUCAGCAGAUCAAAAUGGUAAAAAACGAACGAGAAGUGUAGAAGACAUAAUUGUUGAACCUACAGAAGCAAUAAUUACAACAAAUAUUGAAAAGGAGCAAUGUUAUAACAGUCAUGAAUGUUGUUCAGUUUGGGCCGAUAAAGGUGAAUGUAAAACAAAUGAGAAAGUAAUGGUUGAUUGGUGUCCUGUGUCCUGUCAUAAGUGUAUCCCACAAUAUAAUAUUGCUUCUGAAUGUUCCGACCGACAUUUACUUUGUCCGGUAUGGGCUACUCAGGAUGAGUGCCAUAAAAAUCAGUUUUGGAUGGAUGAAAAUUGUCGAUUGAGUUGUCAACGAUGUGAUGAACUGCGAGCGGACAUUUGUCGAUGA